AUGACUUCCCGAGAAGAUUCCGUGUACUUGGCCAAGCUCGCCGAGCAGGCUGAGCGAUACGAAGAGAUGGUGGAGAACAUGAAGCAGGUUGCUUCUGCCGACGAGGAGCUGAGCGUCGAGGAGCGAAACCUGUUGUCAGUUGCGUACAAGAACGUGAUUGGAGCGCGACGCGCGUCCUGGAGAAUUGUGUCGUCGAUUGAGCAGAAGGAGGAGAGCAAGGGCAACGAGCUCCAGGUUAGCUUGAUCAAGGAGUACCGCCAGAAGAUCGAGGAGGAGCUUGCCAAGAUCUGCGAGGAUAUUCUUGCUGUUCUGGACGAGCACCUUAUUCCGUCGGCCAAGACUGGGGAGUCAAAGGUGUUUUACUACAAGAUGAAGGGCGACUACCACCGUUACCUGGCCGAGUUUGCGGUUGGGGACAAGCGGAAGAACGCGGCGGACGAGUCGCUUGAGGCGUACAAGGCCGCGUCUGAUGUGGCGGUGACGGACCUUCCUCCUACGCACCCGAUCCGUCUGGGACUCGCGCUCAACUUCUCUGUGUUUUACUAUGAGAUUCUAAAUUCUCCGGACCGCGCGUGCCACCUGGCCAAGCAGGCGUUUGACGACGCGAUUGCGGAGCUCGACACAUUGAGCGAGGAGAGCUACAAGGACUCUACGCUUAUAAUGCAGCUGUUGAGGGAUAACUUGACGUUGUGGACCUCUGACAUGACUGAGGCCGCGCCGGCCGAGCCCGAGACGGAGGCAGCCGCGGCUGCGCCUGAGGAGACGGCGGCUCAGGAGUAA